UGCACAACCUCCGUGGCACGAGCCUGAAGUUCCUACAAUGUGAAAAGAAGAUGGACAUGUCCUCAGCGGCACGAUGAGCCGUCCUGAGUCCUUUCGCUGCUCCCUGACAUUGACAAGCGCUCCUUCUUUGCGCCAUCUCUCGAAAGGAGAGGCAGCGAGCGAGGUGCUUACGUAAGGAUCAAACCUAAACUUUUCCCUCGCGGAUUCUUUUUUGUUUCUUCGCAGAUGCGCGGCGCUGCUGCUAAUCAGAUACAAUACCCCCCUUGCAAGAAUGACGACGGGGCCCUCGCUCGACAAGCUCUCGGCGUGCCUCUGCGAUGCGUCGGGCUCUGAGGCGCUCGAUGCGCGCUUCCGGGCGCUGUUCUCGCUCAAGGGCCUUGCGGCGGCGGACGGCGCACGCACGCAAGCCGUCAUCGACGUGAUCGCAGCCGCCUUUGAGGGCAACGACUCGGCGCUCCUCAAGCACGAGAUGGCCUACGUCCUGGGCCAGAUCAAGGACGUGGGCGCCAUGCCGUGCCUCGAGCAUGUGCUCGCCGAUGCAAAGGAGCACGCCAUGGUCCGCCACGAGGCGGCCGAGGCCAUGGGCGCCAUUGGGUCGACUGUGGCACUGCCUACGCUCAAGCGCUACCUGUCCGACGCAGACGUGAGCGUGCGUGAGACGUGCGAGCUGGCCAUCCGCAAGAUCGAGUACGAGCAGGGUGGUGGUGGCAGCAGCAAGAGCGGCGACAUGAGCGAGGCAGAGGCUAUCACGCGGGCGAAGGCAGAGGCCGACAGCGGCGACAACGACGACGAAGACAUCAAGAGCGCAUUCGCACCCAUCGAUCCGGCUCCCGCCCACAGCACGCGCUCGGCCGAGCUCGUCGCAUCGAUUGCCACGUACCGCCAGCAGCUCACGGCGGGGCCAAGCCUGCCGCUGUUUGAGCGCUACCGCGCCAUGUUCUCGCUCCGCAACGCCGUGCACGCCGCGCGCCGGCUCGAGGCCGAGAGCGCGGGCACCGACGCCGUGCUCGCCCUGGCCGCAGGCCUCGCCGACGGCAGCGCGCUGUUCAGGCACGAGAUCUGCUUCGUCUUUGGCGAGCUGGCCCAUGCCGCGUGCGUCGACAGCAUGCUCACCGUCCUCGACGACUCGGCCGAGCACGAGAUGGUGCGCCACGAGGCGGCAGAGGCCCUCGGCGCCGUCGUCGAGGAGGAGGAGGAGGAGGAGGAGGAGGAGGAGGGAGAGGAAAAGGAUGGACAGGUCAAGGGCAAGAUCAUGGCCAGGCUGCAGCGGUGGGCAGGCGACAAGGAGGCGCCGCGGGUCGUGCGGGAGAGCUGCAUCGUCGCCCUCGAUGAGAUGGCAUACAACAACGACCCCUCGCAGUUCCAGCCCGUCGAGGCGUAG